UGAAUUGUUAACUGUUCCAUAUUCCACUUCUCUUGUGUGAUUGUGUGGAAUGCUGUGGGAACAAAAUCGUUGUAAUGGCGUAGUGCGUCUGUCCUUGCAUGUUUUCCAUUCUCACGAUAUAUAGAUUUUUGUUUGUUUUAACGUAGAUUUUUUAUACAUUAUUUAAUAACUCCUAGAUUAAUCAAAUCAACGAAUUAAGAUUAUCGUAAUGUACGAUUCUAGUGCUGAGGAAAUAAGAAAUUAUCAACGUAUUUUAACUUGAAGUCACGAGUGCGUCGCGUCACUGAUUCAUUCUUAGGAAAUGGGAGUGAAUAAUACAAAUAAAAAGUGAUAAUCAUACACCUGUUGGUUACAAAGCUUUUAAUCUUGUUGAUAAUUUUACUACAUUCCAACGUGAAACGGUCAAGUAGAUACUUUGAUAAAAUUUAUACAUGGCUUGUCCAAGUCCACAGUCUGUGAUUGUUUAACAUUGUGAUGCCAAGGCAAAAUAAACAAUGAAGGUAACUGUGUGCUUUGACCAUAUAAGGGUAGUAGUGCCUUGUGGCGAUGGCAGUCUUCUUGUCAAAGACCUCAUGCAUGAGGCAAUACUCCGUUACAAGAAAGCUACUGGGAAGAAUGACAGUACUUUGACCAUUAACAGUUUGUCUUCUUUAACUACCGGUGGAAUAUUGGAUCCAGAUGAUAAAUUAUGUGAUGUGGCUGAUGAUAGAGAACAAAUAGUUGCUCACUUUGUUGGAUCUGAUGUAUCUCACGCAGGAGGUGAUGGAGCAAGCUCUGUUGGAACAAACAGUCCUGAUUUCUUUCACAGAGAGCACAAAGAUCACCAUCGCAUGUAUGCAAGUAGAUCUACUGGUAAUAUAAAAAGAGAAAGCGCCAAAAGAUCAUCUAUGCAUGUACUUUCAACGAGAGAACCUUGUAUGACAACUUACUCUGCAUUGUCUUUACCACGUGAAUCAAGGCGCAAAGAGCCACUAGGUCAAGAUGCAAAAGCUUUAUAUGAAAUACCAAAUAUAAAGCCAGAUCUCCUUGAUCAAGGAGAAAUUUGUGAAAUUCUUAUAAAAAAUAAAACAGGACCUUUAGGAUUAAAUGUUGUGCCUUGUUACGAUUUAUCAGGUAAUGAUCAAGGUCUCAGAGUAGAAGGAAUAGAGCCUAAUGGUCGAAUAGCUAAAGAUGGUCAAAUAGAUUUACAUGACAAGAUUAUCAAAAUAAAUGGACACAAUUUACUUAGAAUACCUUACACAAAAGUCCAAGAAAUUUUUAGGUCCUGUAUGAACGAACCUUGUCUAACUAUUACAGUGGUAAAACACAAGGUAUCUCAAGAAAAAAGUUUACAAAAUAUUCCUAAUAUAUAUAAUAAUUCAAACAGAGCUUUAGAUAAUGAUGACAGCUUAAAACGUUUACAAUGUGCUAAUUAUAAUGUAUUACAGACGGCAAAUACUCGUAAAAUUGGUAAAAUGAUUGAAAUUGAAUUAAGAAAAGGGCCUAAUAAAAGUGAUGGAUUAGGAUUUAGUGUUACUACAAGAGAUAAUCCUAUUGGUGGACAUUGUCCAAUUUACAUAAAAAAUAUACUUCCAAAAGGUGCUGCUGUUGAAGAUGGUAGGUUGAGACCAGGUGAUCGCCUGCUUAAAGUAAAUAAUAUAGAGGUGACAGGUAAAAGUCAGCCUGAAGUAGUAGAUUUAUUUAAAGCUAUUCCACCAAGUGGCACAGUUCACUUGGUGGUGUCUAGGCAAGAGGAAGUAUCUACAAUUGUAUCUGAUUCAUCAAUUGGCCUUCCAAUUGUGACUCCAGAUACAGGAAAUAAUUGGAAUCCUCAACACGAGUCACCGAUAAAAAAAAAAGAAGAAUCACCUGAUAAUUAUGAAAAGUAUAAUUACAAAAUGAUACAAGUAUCAGAUGAUCCAGCCCUUUCUCCAAAAAAGAAUAGAGUUAUUCUUACGCUAGACAUUCCCGUCCAUGAUUCAGAAAAAGCUGGUUUAGGAGUGAGUGUUAAAGGCAAAACCAACACAAAUGAGCAUCCAAAUGUUGACUUAGGAAUUUUUAUCAAAAGUGUCUUACAUGGAGGUGCAGCUUCUAGGGAUGGCAGAUUGCGAACAAAUGAUCAGUUAUUAAAUGUUAAUGGAGUAUCAUUGUUAAAUCUAUCAAAUUCUGAUGCUAUGGAAACAUUGAGAAGAGCCAUGCUUAAUACUAAUAGUUCCAUUACUGGAGUUAUCACUUUAACAAUAGCAAGAAGAUUAUCUUCCUAUGAAAAUUCAUUAGAUAAAAGUUUUUCAGAGCAACGCUCUUCACCUUCUGAUAAGAUAGAUUCUCCAAAUAAUGUUUAUAUGAUGAAUUCAAACAUAAAAAAUGAUGGAAUAAUAAAAGAAAAAAAUAAUUUGAACUCACAAACAGAUAUUCUGGAUAAAAGUUUGCUUUCAGCAUCAGCCUCACCAUGGAAUCCUGUAAUCGAUAGAUUGACAGAACAGUAUAACAAAAAUAGUUUGAGAAACGAAAGUUAUUGCCUUGCAACGAACAAAACGUGGAUGGAUCCGUCGAGUAUUUCAAGAAAACUUAGUAUUGGUCAACGAGAUGAUAAUUUAGAAUCAGUAUUAUUAGAAGACUCUAACGAAAAUUCUCACUCUCACAAUAUCUACUCCGAGCCUAAACCGAAAGCUGUCGACGACAAGGAUAGUCAGUAUUCUGGGGAUCCUACCUACGAUAGUCAAUUGUCUCUUGAAGAAUUUAAUUCACCGACAAAUAAAUUUUCUCGAGAUGCCCUUGGCCGGCAAAGUAUGUCGGAAAAAAGACACGCGGCUCUCGACGCUAAAAAUACGGAUACCUACAAGAGAAAUAAAAAGCUUCGCGAGGGCAGGGACAACAACAAUAAAUCGACCGAUGACCAGAAGAAUCAUAACAAGAAAGAUUAUAAAGAUGGUUUUGAAACAAUAAAUAGCACCAAAUCGUCCAUCGGAGAGACUUCAAAACAUUCCCAGCCCGAGUACUUAUACACCAUUCCAGGAUGUGAUAACAAGUUGAUUUCUCCACGCAAGCAUUGGUUGGUCGACGAUGUUCACACUGGAGAUGUCUCCAAUAGCAGCAAUAAUAAAGAAGAGCAAGGAUUCUCGAACAGUAGAGGGGACAUCAAGCAGGCUUCGUUAAAUUCUGCCUUGGAUGAUCGAUAUAAGAGAUCACGAAAGAAGAGCGGAAUUCGGUCGAUGCUGCGUCUUGGUAAAAAUAGAAAAUCCUUGAAUUUUGGAGAUAAUAUCGAGAAUCGACAUGAAACUAGUAAUUACUGUAGCGGGACGAUUAAUUAUAUAGCAUAAUACAAACGGAAAUCGAUCAAUUUUCGAAUAUCUGUUUUCGAAGGCAAUUAAUGAAAUUUCACUAAUGUUCAUGAUAGUGCAUUGAACAUCUAACCACUUUCCAUUAUUUUAUUUUUUUAAUAUAGUUGAUGGUUAAUGCACUAUCAAUUUGUAAGUUUUUUGUAAAAACCGUUCCAAAGUGCCUUAUAAAUGAAAAAAGGAAUUAUAUCGGUAGAUUUAAUCAAUUUUGUAAAUAUAAUUUUGUAUUUCAUUUUCAUGAUUGUUAACGCGGUUAAACGACCGAAUUUUGUACUUCAUUUACGUAUAAUCUACUUUAGCAUGAAGUCUAGAAAGUGACGUGAAUUUCACAGUUAAAAAAAAUAUAAAUUGCAUAUCAUAGAUUUUAGGCUUGUUUGAAAUUGUAAAUUAAAAACCAAAUAUUUUAUAAGUAGAUUAUCAAUGCGUAUUAAAGGCCUUAUGUUGGAAGAAUUUUUGAAGUGGUAUAGUGAGCCAACCAAUUAGAACAUCAGUUUACACUCUACAGAAACGAUUUAAAGUCAAUGUUCAAAAACCAAGACCUCCACACCACAGAAGAGGAAUAGUGGAGAAAUUUAUAACGCCUUUCAUUUCAAAUCC